UUCUUUCUCGACGCCUCCCGUAGUGAUAGAGUGGUGUUGAGUCGCCCCCUAUCUGCCGUCCAGAGUAGUGCUGCAGCAGUCUUAGACCAGACCAAGACAGUAUGUGGAACAGCCCACUACAACUACAGCCCAACUCCGUGUGGGCCACGAUUGAGGCCAAAUGCAUUUAUAUAGCUUCCAAAAUAAAUAAAAACAAUUCAGCGGUGAGUGCCAAUAUGGAGGCUCAGUGGCUUCAAAACAGCACCCCCUGUUAGUCACCUAGUGUAUAUAUAAAUCACUGGGCCAGACUCUCGCUCCCACUCCUGCCUUUUUGUCCGUGUUCUCAAGUUCAGAAAUCCCCUGGGAAUCCUCCUAAUCUACAUCGAGGCAACAUUUGCUUUUAUUUUACUGAAGUUUGUUUGUUAGGCUAAACUUUAGUCGAGAUACGCGGACGGUGAUAUCGUUUUAUACUGAGUUGAACGCUUGUUGGACGACUUUAAUCUCGGUGGUGGUUGUGUUGUUUUUUUCCCCUCUUGUCCACUUCGCUGGUUCUUUAUUUGAGAAGAGAACAACACAUCCAACUCUAAACCAAAAUGGACACGGGAGUAUCUCCAGCUCGCGCAACUCUGCGGGUCGGCGCAUAACGGAUACAUAAACAGGAUCUAUUUUAAUGGACGACAAAAUCUUCUCUUUUCAUUUUGAUAAUCCUAACCACUUAAACUUUUAGGCUAAUAUAAAUGUAUUAAAGCGGAGUGGAGUGGAUUAUCUCGUAUCAUGUCAAGGAUUUUGAUAUCGAAAUAGCCUAAUUUCUCACUUUUUUCCCUCGGAGUGGAAUGAGACAAUCUGGGGGUUUAUAUCAGUUGGAUAACAUGGUAUAAUCGAACCGUAGCCUAUUGAAUGGGAGUGUCGACUGGACUCUUCUCGUAUUAUGAAACGGUUCUGCUGAAGUUUGGUGGGUUGGUUGGUUAAACACGGACCAUGUCGGGAGUUGUGCGGAGCCUGAGCCGCUGCCUGCUGCCGGCCGAGGCCACCCGAGAGGCGGGCGGCAGCAAGGACAGGAUCCGGGAAAGGGACGCGGUGCAGGAGCGAGAGGCUCGGCGGAGGAGCCGGGAGAUUGAUGCCAUGCUUGCACGAGAGAGGCGUGCUGUGAGGCGGCUCGUGAAGAUCCUGCUCCUCGGUGCUGGAGAGAGCGGCAAAUCGACCUUCCUCAAACAGAUGAGGAUUAUUAAUGGGAAAGAGUUCGACAAGAAAGCUCUACUCGACUUCCGGGACACAAUCUUUGAGAAUAUCAUAAAGGUAGCCAAAAUAAAUACUUUUAGAUAAGAGUUGUGACUCAUGCAGUGAACAGGCCUAUGUUAUUGUAGCAUGGCAUUUCUCCAAGAGAAAACAACGUUAUUCAAUCAAUUCCCCGCGCACGGUAUUGACGCGCAUUAGGCAGAGGCCCGUCCUCGUUAGUUCAAUUCAAAAGCUCAAGUUCUGAGUGUUGAUCUCAUUGACACUGGAUAUUAGAUCCAAGUCAGCUUAUUCUCUACUGUAUAUGUAGUUUGUCUCCUGGAAACUGAUCCCAAGUCAGCUUCUACCC